AUGGCUUGUAAAGCAAAGCUUAUGAUUCCUGAGGAUGAGAAGUACGAAGGAAAGCCAUAUGCCCUUUCACACACAAGGACCGCCAUUACAACAAUAAAGGCGAAGUUCAAUACGCAGCAGUUACAGAGGUUCGAGGGAAGUUGUUUUGGUCAUCUAUUACUGAUAGAGGACCUGAAGUGGAAUUCACAAAUUGUCCACGGCCUGUUGAUGAGGAAGGCUGAUCCUAAGACAGUUACACAGGUGAACGGGAUAAAAUUCAUUGUGGGUAACAAGUUGAUACAAUUCACAGCCCAACAAUUUUGCCUCAUCACGGGGCUAAGGUUCGGAAAGCUCCCUUUCAUUCCGAAGGCGACAAAUGAAAAUUGCUCGUUGAAGCGAAAAUACUUCAGCAGCAAUAAACCUGCCACCCUUUUGGACCUACACACCGCCUUCAUCGAGUGCACAGAUGAUGAGGAUGCGUUAAAGCUUGGAAUGGUCUAUUUUGCCAAUUUUGUUCUAUUGGGUACUGAAAAGCAUGUGCUUAUUGACAUGCGCUAUUUGAAGUUGGCUGAAGACCUAGAGGAGUUUGACAAGUAUCCAUGGGGCGCAGUGUCAUAUGCAAUGACAAAUGCUUCACUGUUGAGGGCCGUUUCUGCUGAAUACCAACGAGUCAAAGUGCCCCAAAAAAGAAAAAUGCCCAAACAACGUGGAAAGAGAACGCAGACAAGAAUGCGAAGUGGUAGACCAAGAGAGUACAUCAUAAGGGGGUUUGGCUUCGCUCUUCAGAUUUGGGCCUUUGAAGUGUUCCCAGCUUUGGAAGCAUUGCAUUUCACGGUCCAUGAAGACAAUAGGCACAUCCCUCGAAUAUUACAUUGGAGGAGCAACACGGUGGCCCGUUUUCGGGAGGUUAUGAGUCAGGUUUUUGAAAACUUUGAGGUUGAUGUGCAACUUCUCCGGCCAACAGAUAUUGAGAAGCAACAACCUUACUGGAGUUGGGGUGAUGAUGACAACGAAGAACCAAUGGUUGAAUUAUUUGGGGAUGAGGCCGAAGAAAAAACCGGCACUUCUAGUGAAGAAAAAGACGCGGAUGUUGAGGAAACAGCCACCCUUCCCUCCUCUUCUAAGGCCAAAGGGUCUGUUAAUGACGUUCGCAGUUUGAAGCAUCAAUUACGCAGCACUAAGGAUCAGUUGGCUAAGCUACGUAGUUCAAAUCGGGGGCUUAGGAACAGAGUUCGUGACUUGGAAGCUAUUGUACAGAAGAACUGUUUGAAGCAUGAGAACGAGUGUGACAGAAAUAAAAAGGCUAUUCGGGAUUUGACCCUAAAAAUUGCUGAAGUCGAACAUUAUUUGAAGUUGGAGAUGGAGGAGUUAAAAAAAAUUAUGGUGGAGAAGGCCAUGAGGAAGUCUGUACUGCUCAGAUGA